CCGUGCACGCGCGCGCGGGGGGACUGACGGCCGAGGUCCGUGCACGCGCGCUCGGAGCGCGGCGAAUCUAGGCCAUUUUUUUAAAGCUUGUUUUCCGCUCCCGCGGUUCUCCCUCCGUGUGUGUGUGAGUGAGUGAGGUGAAACUCGGCGCGGUCGGCAGCGCCGUGAGUCUGGCCCGCGGUUCUGUGUGAAACUGCCGGGUGUAGAUCGGCGCCGUGCCGUUAGCCGCCGUGUUUUGAGGGGUAAAAGUAUUUUUUUUGUUGUUAAUUUUUGGCCCCCGUGCGGUCGUCCGGUUUCGCUCGGCCCCCGUGCGCCGCCGCCGCCGCCUCGCGUCCGACAGCACCGCCCGCCCCUCCGUCCCCUUCCUCGAGUGCCGAGCCGAUGGCGGCCGAGCCGGUGGUGGCUGGUGGCGGGUUCGGCCCCGGGCCCGGCCCUGGCCCCGAGCGAAUGCUACGCGGGUUGAAGCGGGACGAGCCGGGAGACGCGGCGGCGGCCGAGGCGAAGAGACAGCGGCUGGAAGCCAGCGUGAACCCGGGGGAGAACGGGAUGAACAGCGAGGCCGCGCAGGAUUCAGCACUGGAGUUCAAAGAUUGCACAGAGCGGACUGACCUCAUGGGUAGCCAGGAGCCAGCAGCCACCCCAGACGCUAUGGUACAGCCGUAUGCUACAGUUCCAUUCCCUCCCCCCCCUCCUCCUCCUCCUCCACAGAAUGGAAUUCCAACAGAAUACACUGUUCCACACACUCAGGACUACACAGGUCAGACGCCAGUCCCAGAUCAUAGUCUGAACAUCUACGCAUCCAGUCAGACCCUUGGGGAACAGAGUGGCACAAUUGCCAAUGUGCAGCCUGUAUCUGGAACCGCCACACAGACAGAUGAAGCAGCACAGACAGAUGGACAACAACAAACACAGAGUACAGAGAGCAAUGAGAGCAAACCCAUACCUAAACGGCUUCAUGUUUCCAACAUCCCCUUUCGAUUCCGUGAUCCUGACCUCAGGCAAAUGUUUGGGCAAUUUGGUAAAAUCAUAGAUGUAGAAAUUAUAUUUAAUGAGCGUGGCUCAAAGGGAUUCGGGUUCGUAACUUUCGAAUCUAGUGCUGAUGCCGACAGGGCGAGGGAGAAAUUACACGGCACGGUGGUUGAGGGCCGUAAAAUAGAGGUAAACAAUGCCACAGCUCGUGUGAUGACUAAUAAGAAGAUGGUGAGCCCUUAUGCAAAUGGCUGGAAGCUGAGCCCUGUGGUUGGUGCUGUCUACAGUCCUGAAUUUUAUGCAGGUCCAGCAUCACUAUCAUCUUUACCCUUUCAUCUACAUCCUGUUGCCUCUACGGCACUCAGUCCAACACACAAUGUUCCUGGUUUCCCAUAUCAAGCAGCCACUACUGCAGCUGCACUGAGAGGUGCCCUGAGAGGACGAGGUCGUGCAGUCUAUAGCGCAUUCCGUGCAGCAGCACCUCCCGCUGCCAUCCCAGCCUACGGAGGUGUGGUUUACCAGGAUGGAUUUUAUGGUGCCGAUCUCUAUGGUGGAUAUGCCGCCUAUAGGUAUGCACAGCCAGCAACUGCUACUGCUACUGCAUACAGUGACAGCUAUGGGCGUGUUUACACGGCAGAUCCCUAUCACACGCUUGCUCCUGCGCCUACUUAUGGAGUAAGCGCUGUGGCUAGUUUAUACCGAGGUGGAUACAGUCGUUUCGCUCCCUACUAAAAGUGAUGUGAACUCCUGCAAUGGGAACAGCCCCUUCCCAAGGCCUGGUUGUUGCAAUAUUACAAGUAGUGGAACUUUAUAGCAACUCAACACGAAAAAAAAUACACGAGAAAGAGAGGAAAUCAUUACACAAGAGACCUACCUUUUUAUACCUCAUUAUGUUCUUCUAAACAUGUAUUUUUUUUCCUUAUGUUUCUGCCUUCGUUUUUUUUUGUUCCAAAGAUUGUGCAGACAGUUUUUAACUGUGGUAUAAAAGUGCAUUUCUUUGUGUGUGUAGUGGCAUUUAUGAAAUCAGCUUCAUUUGACAAAAGACAAACAAAUGAAAUUAAAAAUAUUAGGCACAAAAGCAGUAGUAAAAACCAAAAGUGAAAUUGGGUGCCCAUGGGAAGCUGCUCCCAGUACAGUGUGUGUAACAGCAGUGCCGAAGCAUUGUGGUCACAAACAAUCUUGAUAGGAGAAAGAGAGAAAGAUUCACCACUGAAUGGGAUCAGUCCAAAAUGAGGAGGAGAGGUGGGGGCAAGCUGGAAAUUAGCCAAAAUGUGAGUUGAUGGAAACAGUUUUAUGUUGUGCUUUGUUUUUGUAGUGAGGAUAGCAACAGCUUCCAUCUAUUCACCAUUUCCAGAGAUAGCAUGUUAAAUUGUGCCCUGUUUGUAUCCAACUAAACAAUAGCAACAGCUGAAAUAUUAGUUGCUGUCAAACUGCAAAGUGGCUGCAACAUUAACUUAUGUCUAUUUAAUCAUUUGUUCAAGACUCUUAAGACCACACAUCCCACCUCCCUCCACUGGUGAUGUAAAUUUAUCUGAACAAAUUUGUUUUUAAAAUUAUAUUGACUGAUUGCAUUAGGAUCCCAGCAAAUUCCAAAUGGAGGUUUCAUGCCUCCUGUGUAAAUGGGGCAGGUUUACACUGCACUGUCAGGUAGCACCAUUGAAUUAAGUGAUACAAUCCAGAAGUGUUGGCACUAAAUAUAUGCAUGUUUUAAUUGCAUCAGGUUAAUUGAAUUGUAUUACCCAAUUUAUUUGUAUUUUUUUAAUGUGACCUAGGAUAUUGCUCAGACUGGCUGACACCCUUGCAUUCAGCAGAAUUACGUGCAAAUUUAAUGCAGUUUUUAAAUCAAACUUUCUGUUAACUCUAAUCAUCAUCAUCAGAUUUUGGCUGCUUUGUGAUCUUUGUUUCAUUUACCUCUGUCUUCGGUGAGUACCUAAACAAGCAGGGAGAUGCUGCACAGAAAAUGGUCAUCUGUUGUAAGAGGAAUCUAGCUCUAUCUCUGCCUGAGAGGUGCAGAACAGAGGUUUGGGUAGGGUGGGGAUUGAGAGCUUGCAGCAGGAAAGAUUUGAAAGGAUAGUCAGACACCCAGUUGCAUCAUGUAAAUGAAAAAGUUGUGAAUUCCACACUAUGUUGGCAGACAUUUUAAAGGCAUUGAUGAUGCCAUUUCAGAUGUUAAAAUUUUUAGGAAGUUAGCUGAACUAAUGUGUGAGGGUUAGUCAUUGAGGCUCCAGGUCAGAUUGAAGCUAAUGAUUUAUUGUGCACAUUUGGGGCUGGCCUGGACCUAUCCAUUCGGCUCCGAUGUUCCUGGGGCUGUGCUGUCCAUUAUACUGUAUCUCUGCACUGGGAGAUCAGGGUUGAAAGAAGUGUACUUCCAUAGUUCAGACAGCACAAUUGCUGCCAGAGUUUCUGAUCAUGCAGUAUCCCCCAACGCAGUGUACACUGCACCGGCUUAGUAAGCUAUUUAAAGAAAAUCAAUCUUUGUUAAAAGAAAAAGGGACACUAGAUGUAGACACCACACUGCCGCCCUUAAAUUAUGACUUUUUUUUGCAAGCCAAAGCAUGGUUUGUCGCUGUAUGACAAUUAUGUUUUUUGUAUAUAAAAUAUUUUAGUUGUUGUUAUAAUGGGGAAACAUUCACAGAAAAGUCUCAUCACAGAGGAAGGAAUUUAAAAUGGGAAUGUGGCGUGGCAAAUGACAGCAUCUCCUGGUAGUGCUCCAGUUAGUUUAGUAGCGCAUAUAAAAUGUUACUAUAGAAGGAAAACAUAGAAACCACAGAUGGCUUGUAUUAAUGGGAGUUGCUAUUCUGUGUCACACCAGGUUCAGAAAUCGCUUUCAUUCCUAUGACUACAAAUCAUAUUCUUUUACUUAGGUUAACUUUUAUAUUAUAACCAGUGAACAUGUUAGUAAGUUAGCACUACAGCUGCACUCUACUCCACUGACUACCAAGUAAGCCAAGGGUAUUGUUCUCUAUCCUUGUUUUUAUUUUGUGAAAGCCUCAAAGCAGCUGUAGAAUAGACAGAAUAUUUGGAGGGAACAAUUUCUGAGUAGAGUAAAUGUUUUCUUUUUAAUCCUCUUUUUAUUUGGCAAAAGACCAUCUUGCUUCUUCGCAAGAAUGGGCCAUGUCCAGUCAGCAACUUACCGUGUGGUAAAUAUCCAACAGCCCGUCCAUCAGGUCAGGUUCAGUGGGACUGACGAGUUUUAUUUGUUUUGUGUUGUGCAUGAGUGUGUGUGUGUGUGUGUGUGUGUGUGUGUGUGUGUUUUUUGGACGGGACCCAUGGCUGUACCCCGACUGGAAUAGGAAACUUUUGGUUGUUAGUAGUAGGAGUCAUUAUCACAGUGAUAUGGCUGAUGCAGAUACUUGAACCAUUUAAUCCUUCAGCCUUUUUUAUAAACAACAUUUAUUUCUUUCCAUUUACUUGUAAUACAGUUCACUCAAUACGAUCACAAUCCCCUUUCCCCCCCCACCACCACCAUCCUCCCUGCCCCCUCCCCCAGAGAAACAAGGAAAAGCUUCACCCUCCACGACUGGAAGAUCCUGUGACCCACGAAGAGAAAAGAACCCUCUGUCCGAGCUCCAACCAGAGUGGAGAGGAGUGGUGGGGUGGGGGAAUCGGAAAUUGUGCUGUGGUGCAGGCGUUGGAAAGGGAAUAAAAUAGGAGAAAACACUAAACAGGAUUUUAAAAAAACCAUGCACAGGUGGUAUUUAAUCUUGCUAGAAAGCUAGCAUCAACACUGUCCUGACCCUGAUCCACCUUGUUUGUGAACGUUUCCCUGGAAGGUAUGGUAUAUCGUAUAGUAGCUUCAUCACCGAGCAGUAUUCAUUGGGUUAUAAUUAGAUAUAAUCAUGAAUGUUAAGUAGAUAGGACAUGGACUAUUAUUCCUUUUGUAUUACUUCCCAUGUAUAAAUUAUUGAUCUUGUUGCUGGCUUUUAUAAACUCGAAGGAGGGGACAUCCUUCCUAACAGUAAUAAAGCACUGUUUUUAAAAUAAAACAAAAAUGGUGAGAACA